AUCUUAAAUAAAACUUUUGUUACAGGUCAUAACAUCCUUCACUUGGACAUCCACUAUGCUGAAAAUGACAUAUACUGGGUGGAAUUCAAUCAAGGUGAAAAGAAUGGCAUUUAUCGCAUCAAACCUGAUGGAACUGACCUUCAGCACAUCAUCUCGGAUGGCAUUGGAAGCAAUGGCGUCAGAGGAUUGGCAGUUGAUUGGGUUGCUGGUAACUUGUAUUUCACUAAUGUCUUCCCUCAUGAGACCUAUAUUGAAGUGGCAUGGCUUGAUGGUUCAAAAAGAAUGGUGCUUCUUAAAACCACCACAGAUUCACCCAGAGAGAUAGCUGUAAAUCCAAUAAAGAAAUUCUUGUACUGGAUUGAUUAUGGCCAGUAUCCAAAGAUUGAAAAGGCAUACUUGGAUGGAACGAAUCGCAUUCCCAUUGUGGUCACUGGAAUCAGCAGUCCCAGAGACCUUGCAAUUGACAUUGAAACUCAUGACGUGUAUUGGGUGGAUUCAAAGGAAGAUGCUAUACAAAUGAUGCCCUGGAUGCCCCCUCCUCUCCGACCGUGGACGCCCUUCCGAAACCCCACACAUGGCGCCGGUCUUCUCCCUCCUCAUCGGCAAUCCCCCAGACGGCACACCACGGACGGCGGCCCUCUUCCUCAUCCUCCUCCACCUCCUCCUUGGAGCCACAGGAGGACAUCAACAUGGAUGCCGUCGACCUGGACUUCGCCGCCCGGACGACGCACGCCCCUCGGAUGCCAUCGGCCCGCCUGCCGCGAGUUGCGGCGGGUGAUGGGGAUGUGA